GCCGGCGCGAUGGAGCGGCCCGAGCGGCCCCGCGCCAACGGCUGCGGCGGCGCCCACGGCGCGCUCCGCAACGGCUUCGUCCGCGGCCCGCCAGGCACCCAGAUAAAUCAUAUUGUGCACAAUGGAGGAUUAUACAAAAGGCCUUUCAAUGAAGCUUUUGAAGAAACACCAAUGCUGGUUGCUGUGCUGACCUAUGUAGGCUAUGGUGUUCUCACUCUCUUUGGAUAUCUGCGAGAUUUCAUGCGGCAGUGGAAGAUUGAGAAGUGUCAAAAUGCAACAGAAAGAGAAGAACAGAAGGACUUUGUCCCAUUGUACCAGGACUUUGAAAAUUUCUACAACAGAAACCUCUACAUGCGCAUUCGGGACAGCUGGAACCGUCCGAUCUGCAGUGUGCCAGGGGCCAAAGUGGACAUGAUGGAGAGAGUUUCCCAUGACUAUAACUGGACAUUCACGUACACAGGGAGAGUGAUAAAAGACAUUAUAAAUAUGGGUUCCUACAACUACCUUGGAUUUGCACAGAAGGCUGGGGCUUGCCAAGAAGCAGCUGCUAAAGUUCUGUCCCAGUAUGGAGCUGGGGUGUGCAGCACUAGGCAGGAGAUGGGAAACUUGGACAAGCAUGAGGAGCUGGAAAAGCUAGUUGCCAGGUUCCUAGGUGUGGAAUCUGCAAUGGCAUAUGGAAUGGGAUUUGCAACCAACUCUAUGAACAUUCCUGCUUUAGUUGGCAAGGGCUGUCUGAUUUUGAGUGAUGAACUGAAUCAUGCAUCACUAGUGCUUGGAGCAAGACUGUCAGGAGCAACGAUUCGAAUCUUUAAGCACAACAAUAUGCAAAGCCUGGAGAAGCUGCUCAAAGAUGCUAUUGUGCAUGGGCAACCUCGUACACGGAGGCCCUGGAAAAAAAUUCUUAUCUUGGUGGAAGGAAUAUACAGUAUGGAGGGAUCCAUAGUCCGUUUGCCUGAAGUGAUUGCCCUUAAGAAGAAGUACAAAUCCUAUCUGUACCUUGAUGAAGCUCAUAGUAUAGGUGCCCUGGGUCCCAGUGGCCGGGGUGUAGUGGAGUAUUUUGGACUCAGUCCUGAAGAUGUGGAUGUUAUGAUGGGAACAUUCACCAAAAGCUUUGGAGCUGCAGGAGGAUACAUUGGGGGCAAGAAGGAACUGAUUGAUUACCUCAGGACAUACUCUCACAGUGCUGCAUAUGCAACGUCAAUGUCACCUCCUGUUGUGGAGCAAAUCAUCACCUCCGUGAAGUGCAUUAUGGGUGAAGAUGGUACAACUAUUGGGAGAGCACGUGUGCAGCAGCUAGCAGAGAACACGAGAUAUUUCAGGAGACGACUGAAAGAGAUGGGCUUUAUCAUCUAUGGAAAUGAAGAUUCCCCUGUUGUGCCUCUGAUGCUGUACAUGCCAGCAAAAAUUGGUGCGUUUGGGCGUGAGAUGCUGAAGCGGAACAUCGGUGUUGUGGUUGUGGGCUUCCCUGCCACCCCCAUCAUCGAGUCCAGAGCCAGAUUCUGUUUGUCUGCAGCUCAUACCAAAGAGAUGCUUGAUACAGCUUUAAAAGAAAUCAAUGAAGUUGGGGACCUUUUGCAACUGAAAUAUUCCCGUCGCCGUUUGGUACCUCUCUUGGACCGGCCGUUUGACGAGACAACAUACGAAGAAACAGAAGACUGAACUCCCUCCAUGUGCCUCAGUGGGAGGGACACACCCCAUGGGACACUCCGUGGCACACAGGCCACAGCAUCCGUGAACAACACACUUAGGACUGCUUAGUAUAAAAGACAUUUCCUCACAAUACUGAAGUGGCCACAUCAGCUCCAAAUGGCAUUUUGUAAAUAGGGAGAGGAGAAAAAAAAUUCUUUGAUUCCCGUGUCUUCAGGGUCUGGCCCUAGAGGUGCUUGGCUUUAUUUUUCUCUUGUUGCUUUUUUUUUAUUUAUUUGUCUCAAUGAGUUCACAGCAACCCAAGUUGGCUGUGGCUGAUUAGUUCAGACUUUGUAUGCACCAUUAGCCUCCCAAAUGCUGGCUGAGAUGUUGUGAGCAUGUGUGAUGCUGGCAUGGCAGCAUUUUCAGUGUCACUGCUAGGUGUCUGAUCUUCCCAAUAAUGAAUGAGCUGACCUGUCUGUUUUUGGAGACUUCCUAGAGAAACUGUUGAUUGCUAACUUUGACAUAUUUAACAAGAUGGAUAAUCAACCAAAGUAGUUUUUUUCAUUUGCAGUUACUUAUGUUUAAAACUUGAAUUUAGCCUUUUUAAAAUAAAUGUGUUGUUGACAUGUUGCUGACAGGACCAUUGUUCCCAAACAUUAUUUAGUUUUGUAAGCCACAGGCAGAAGGACUUCUGGAACUGUAGCCUCUUUUCCUUCCCAGUAUGGAUACCAGAUUGUCUCCUGGUUUUGAUACUAAUUGUCCCCUUGAUAGAGGGUAAGUGAUGGAGAGGGGUUUGUUUUGUUUUGUUUUUAAUACUUCUGUUUAAAAAAAAGGAAAAAUACAGAUUGUGUUGCUUUCUCAUCCUCAGGUUAGUUUCUCUUGCUUUAGAAUUAUCAUAAAGUCAUGAACAAGUCACUGCUAAGUUCUAGGAGGGUGCUCUUGGGUGCGAGUAAACUAGAGCAAGUCUUGUGCUUAUUCUUAAGUCUGUGAAAGACUGCUGCCUUUUGCCAUGCUAACUCACUGUUUCUUGUCAUCCAUGAGGUGUUCUUCACUGGCCCUGUUACAUGUACGGACAACCUGAAUCUUGUAAUCAUACAUUACAUUUUGGCUAGCCAGCAAAGUCUCCAAUGGCAGCUGCAUGUCUGUAGGCCUUCCCUGAAGAGAGAAAAUGUCCUCACAAUUGCAUUUAGUUUGACAUCUUUAUUCUUUUGUACUUCUGUUACUGAUCAACACUGCUCAAAUGAGUGUUUAUUGAGCCAGUUGCUGUUUGGAGUCUUUAUUUGCAAGUUUCAUACUGUCCCUCUGUUUAAAAUAGAUGCCUUUGCUCUAACACACCUUAUGGUUGCUACUUAGUCUUUACAUCUUGAAUUCUUUCAGAGAACAGAAUGGAUCAACAAAAAGGUACCAAAAAUUUUAAAUAGGAGUCAAUUGCAGUAUAGUUUCUGUAUUUUCUACUUAGACAUACAUGAUUUCUGCAAAGAUAGUAAAAUGUUAACAUUGUGUCAAUUGGUUUGGGACAGCUCUUCAGUUUGGGUUAGCAAGAUGCUUUUUGCAGGUGACUGAGGUUUUAGAAACCGACUCAUCACCAUCAUCAUACUAAAGCAGAGGGCAGCUCAAAGCUCUUUGUGUGGUGCUGAAAAAAAAAAUCAUUCUUUUAAAGUUCUUUUAUGUUCACUCUGCAACUAACAAGGAAGGAGUGCUUUGGCCACUAGAACCAAGUAGUUCUGCAAAUACAUCUGGUGAUUUAAAGCAGAAUUGGCUUCUAUUUAAUAGAAUAUCUAACUUCAUGCAUUUAUAGAUCUUGUUCCAUUUUAAUGUAAUGGAACUUCAAAACACUGGUUCAUUCUUUUACCAUUGAAUUUCAGAAAUUUAAUUAUAUGAGAAGAACUGAAAUUGACUUUUUGAAAAUAGGUCCAAAUACCUAUUUCUGUCUUAGUCCAUUAAUGUUGGUUGGCUCCUCUUCUGGAGCUGUGUGUGUGCAGAGUUUGAGGAGUCUGUAUGUGCGGCUUGGAUAGCUUUGAAAUAGUCUCACAUGUUCAGCCACAGAGUGAACAAACCUCAGUUAGCUGAGCUUUCUCGCCUGUGUUCUGCCCAGGGCUAGCUCUAACAUUCCAGCAGAUGACCUGCUUUCUCACUUCAAGAAGCUUUACCUCAAAGAAUUAUUGAUUUUUUUUUCUCUCUGGAUUGUACUAGGGAACAAGAGGAAGUUAGUACAGGAAGCCCUGACUUCAGCCCUGAUCCUAUUAGCUUGAUCAUGGAAUGGUUUAAGAGCAGACAAAUCUGACCAAUUUAAAGGCUUGGGUCAGUAGGUAGCUGUUUUUAAGCAUUCACAAAUGUACAGUGUGUUUGUCUGCUGUGUAGUCAAGUCAGUUUGAAAACUGUGAUGUAUUAGGUUAGAAGUGGGUUAUCAUAGAUUCUACAAGUCUUGAAUCUUAACCUUGUCUCUGGGAAUCAGUUUUAGAGCAGCUUGUCUUUGGAAGGGAGAAAAGCAUCUGGAAAAAUCUUCAUAAUAUUGAUAAAUCCUGUGUAAUACUUCUGAAAUGGUCAGUGUUUAAGAAUUACUAGUGUCCAUUUGGUUUCUAGUUGCACUUGUUGAGGAAAUUGUGUUCAAGCUUCUGCCUUUUUGUAUCUUUCUGCUGUGUCACACUGUCUGCAUAUAACUUUGAAUUUUGGGUUGCAAAGACACUUCAGAAAUAACUCUGGCAGUUAACUUGGUUACAUUUCAGCCUUGUCAUAUCCUUUUUGGGAAGCAAAUUCCCCCACUUCUCUCUGAGGCCUUUUGUUUAAAAGAACCUGUUUUGCCAAAGUCUGGUAAAAAUAAUGAAACCUGUUGAAACUGCUUCUGAAAAAGUAAGAGUUAGAAGGCCAAGAUUUCAUGCUUUUAAUUCAGUAAUUCACUGAGCUUGAAAGCCAGGAAAACCUUUUUGCAUCUACUAAAAAAUCUCCAAUACUGGUUUGUGCUAGGCAAACCUACAGCAUGUAUGCUGUCACGGUAUGUCUAGGAUGGAUUGCUGCUUUGAUAUUUAUGUACUGACCAGAAAUCUGUCUCCUUUUUCUCCUGGCAGUAGAAAUGAAUGAAAGAACCAAUCUUGAGAGAUCACAAAGGAAGAAAAGCUGCUUAAGAAAUAAGACUUCAGUCCCUGCCAACUUUUCAGAGACAUUCUAAUUGAAAAUGACUCCUGGUAUUUCUUAAGAGAUGCAAAAUUCAAAAGAAAAUGAAGGCUGCUUUUGAACAAAGGAUUUUGCCCUGUACUGUAUAUUGGCUAAACUUACUCAUAAAUAUACAAUAGUUACCAUCUCAGUAGCUCUCUGAAGAACUUAGCAAGCAAGUUGUUGCCUCUGUUGAGCAGAGUGGAGAGUUUAGAACCAUUACUGUUUUUAAGGCUAAUGGCUAUAUUCUUUCACUCCUAAGAAAAUUGAGAAGCUCCUAUUACUGAGCAUCAGCAAAGAGUGGGAGAUGUGCUUCUUGUUAGAAAUGGGCCUUCCCAAGCAGACCUUUGUCUUAAGGAGCCUGAUGCAUAGUUUUCCUUUCAUUCUUUGGCAGAGAAGAAACUAAUUUUUUUGUGUCAAAAUAUUCAGGGCUUUCAUUUUUAUUUUUUACACAACACAAACUUUUGUAUAGUAUGUAUAUGGUAUAUUUAACUCUUUAGUUGCUGUAUCUUUUCCCUUCUAAGUAGCAUCCUUAAUGAAGAGUUCUGGUUCUUGAGUUACAGGUGUAGUAUGCUUCUGCUUUAGGCAAAGACUCAGGAGCAAGCUGACCAAACAUCUUUCUGUGAUGAAGUCAUUCAGUGAAGGAAUUGCAUUAUCCAUCCUCCUCUUGCUGUUUCCUCUAAGAGUGCAGAUGUGGUACUCACUAUCAGAGCUGCACCUUC